AUGCCGUCACGGAGCAAGAGGAUCAAGAAACCAUCUCGGAUUUUCACCGAAGGGAUUUGGAAUAAUUUUAUCAAUUCGGACAUCGAGGAUGACAGUGACGGUGAUGACGGUGAUAUUGAAACUGAAUCGGUUCAUUCUAAACGCAUACGUAUCGGAAGUGCUGUCCUCACUCUUGACGAUGAAGCAUUUGUUGAAUCCAACUCUGAUGAAGAAGAAUUUGAAAACAACGACCCGGAUGGGGAAGUUUCUGAAGAUAAUGUUGACACCCAAUGGAUUUGGACUGCGAAAAGUGAUAUAAAAUGGUGUCGUAAGGCUAUCAAGAGCCAGAGUUUUCCAUUUGAACGAACCGAAAAUUCCGAUUUAGAAGAGGAGUACUUCUCGCCACUUGCAUAUUUUAUGAGGUACAUCCCUGACUCGCUUUUCGAUGACAUGGUCACAUAUACAAAUACGUAUGCGGAGCAGCAACAGACAAAGAAAUGGCGACCGACGGACAAAGACGAAAUCAAGCAAUUCAUCGGGCUACAGGUUAUGAUGGGAAAUUUAAAGCUCCCCAGAAUCGAAAUGUAUUACAGUCAGCAUCUGCAAUGUAAAAUGUUUACCGAUACCAUUCCACUGUAUCGGUUUUACCUGUUACGAACGAACGUGCAUUUGGUCGAUGUUGAAAAAAUACCCGAUGGCUGCACUGACAAGUUCGCACGAGUUCGUCCACUAAUGGAUUCGGUGAGAAAACGAUGUCUUGAACUACCGCUCGAAGAGAAUCUUUCCAUAGACGAACAAAUGAUCCCUCUUCGUGGAAGAGUCACUAAAGGAGUCAAACAAUACGUUAAAAACAAACCGAAAAUAAAAUGGGGUGUCAAGAAUUUGGUUUUGUGUGGCAAAAGCGGUUUGGCCUAUGAUUUUGUUGUCUAUCAGGGAUCAACCACAGAAUUCGAUUCAAAAAGUCUGGACACAUUCGGAUCGGGAGCAACAAUGGUGUUGCAUUUGGUGAAGCGUAUAGACAAACCCGGACACAAAUUGUACUUCGACAAUUACUUUUCUACCUUUCAAGUAUUCGAAAUUCUACUGCAAAAAAAAAUACUCGCCGCUGGAACCAUAAGAAUCGAUCGGUUUGCGAAACCGCCAUUCUCAUCCGACGCCGAAAUGCAGAAGAAUGGACGGGGAUGUUGUGAGGAAUUGGUGAGCUCCAACGGAUCGGUAACUUGUGUGAAAUGGUGUGACAAUAAAUGCGUUGCCUUGGCGUCGAAUUAUGUUGGCAUUGGAAAGGUUGACACUGCUCUUCGCUACGACAAAUCAUCCCAUCAAAAGAUUGCCAUCAAUCGACCGCAAAUUGUACGUGAGUACAAUAUCAACAUGGGUGGUGUCGAUUUGAUGAACCAAAUGAUCAGUUACUACCGAAUUUCGAUUCGGUCGAAAAAAUGGACGUUACGGAUGAUAGCACAUUUCAUUGAUUUUGCGAUCGUCCAAUCAUGGAAUGAGUAUCGAAUUGACUGUAAUAAAUCGGAAAUUCCUAAGAGACAAGUAAUGGACUUGUUGGCAUUUCGGAUGGAUCUUGCCAACCAACUCGUGUAUCCUCCAUUGCCUGCAAAGCGAAGUUCUCGGAUAACACUCGAUGAAGUUCGAUCGAAAAAUCAACGAGUCGAUAAGUCACGAGAGAGACGUACGGAUGACCACAUUCGAUACGAUGGAUUCGAGCAUGUUCCAGAGUAUUCGGAAAAACGAGUGAGAUGCAAAUUGGAGACAUGCAAUGGUAAGUCACAGGUCUUUUGCUCAAAGUGCAGAGUUCAUCUUUGUUUGAAUCUAAACCAUAACUGCUACCGCGAGUACCAUAAGAAGCCAUAG